AAAUAGACAUAGACAUAGACAUAAUACACAACACAAUCACUCACAAAAAUACUUCUCGUGAAGAACGGACUUGCAACAUGAGCACCACAACCACUACAAUCUCAAGCACAAUAACGAUCGAGGAAGCAGGGGCCGCAAGUACGAUAGGCUCCCGACCAACGCAACAAGACCAAUACACAUUCCUCCUCCCCGAGAACUUCUCCACGAACCCAGGCGACGACAAGAUCGCCUUCUUCGCAGUUUACGACGGACAUGGCUCCAGUAAAGUCUCCAAACACGCUAAUGAAACCAUCCAGCGCUUCCUACAAGAAAGCCCGCAGUUCAAAUCCGGUCGGUACGAAGAGGCCAUCAAAGAAGCGAUCGAGAAAGAAGAAGCGGAGCUGCUGACAGGAUUCCACGACGGCGAGGAGAAAUUCGCGACGUCCGGGUCGACUGCUGCGUUGGCCUUGGUCAAUUUGACGCAGGGCUUUCUGGUCGUGGGCAACUUGGGUGAUUCGCAUAUUCUACUGGCAGAUUAUACUGGUUCGAGUCAGGGGGCUACUAAUAUCCGUCGGAUAACGAGGGCACAUAAGCCGGGCGAUUCUGACGAGAAGAACCGAAUCAUGGAUGCCGGGGGUGUGGUCAACACGGACAGUGGGACGGAAAGGCUAGGUGCCCUGAACAUGUCCCGGGCGCUGGGUGAUCUCCAGUAUAAGGAACCUCUAAUUAACUCGGGGACGGGCCCGCUCAAUGAAGCGCAGAUACGGGCUGAUAUCACGUCGUCCACUGAGCAACGGAGUCUUCUCUCGAAUGAACCGUACCUGACACGAGUCGACCUGAAUGACGGGAACCAGCACGUUUUGAUCUUAACCUCAGAUGGCGUGACUAAUGGGCUUGACGAUGAGAUUAUCGUGCACGGGUUAUUAACGUGCUACCAGUCUGGGUUGAAUGCAACAGAGUCUGCGAAGUAUAUUGUGGACGAGACUGCGGAUGUGCCGGGUAGUGAUAAUGCUACUUGCAUUGCGGUUUUUAUUGGUAGCUCAUGA